CGACCUACAACCUUUUAACAUUUUACUACUAUAAAUAAUAAAAAAUUGAGGAUUCUCACCAAUUCUCACACAAUUAUUGGGAGUGGCUAUCUAGGGAUAUUGUAUUAAACCAAGGUUAAUGUACCCUCCUUUAAUAUAACGCAAUGGAGUCGUUUUCUGACAUAGGUAGUACUUACCCCUUUUGCAUACCGCCAUGAAGCCUACUCUCCUGCUAGAAACGGUACUAGUUUUAUCGAUCCCAGCUUUGGCGGAUUGGCAAUUCAAGUCUCGCUCAGACCUAGCUCCCCCAAGACUGAAUAUUACAAUACCAGCAACCGAAGAUGUUGAAAAGGGGUACUUGUUCGUCGCCCCUUUUGCUGGCUUUCCGGAUACGCCUACGGAGCAGCACGGCCCUAGGCAAGCUGGCCCGUAUAUUUUCCGCGACAAUGGAGAUCUAGUGUGGUCUGGAUACGGGAUCUACAGUAUCUGGUCAACCAAUUUUCAGGCGGGCCGCUGGAGAGGUAAAGAUAUUCUGUUCAGCUUCGAAGGCGAUCAUAAUCCGGGAUAUGGUCACGGCCACGGCCAUAUUACCAUCAUGGAUAAUCACUACGAGACAAUCCGAGAGCUUCGAGCUGGUAACCACAAGCUUGUGGAUAAGCACGAGUUUCAUAUUGUCAACGAGGAAACAGGGCUCAUCCAAAUAUAUCAGCCUGUUGCCCGCGAUCUGACAGCCUGGGGUGGGAGCGCUGAGCAACAAUGGAUUGUCAAUUCUAUCAUCCAAGAACUCGAUAUAGCAACUGGUAAAUUAUUGUUUGAAUGGUCGAGUCUGGACUACGUUUCGCCUGAUGAAGCAAUUCUGCCAAUCAACCCAGGCCAAGCCGGUUCUGGCUUCAACAGCUCUGAUGCCUGGGAUUACUUUCACAUAAACAGUGUUGACAAAGACUCAGAGGGCAACUAUCUUAUAUCCGCACGCGAUGCAUGCAGCAUCCACAAGAUCAACGGCACCGAUGGAAGCAUCAUCUGGAAAUUGAAUGGUAAAGACAGCUCUUUCAAUGUUCCAAAAGAUGUCGAGUUUUGCUUUCAACAUCAUGCCCGAUUUAUAAGUCAAUAUGAUGAUGUUGAAAUCAUUAGCCUCUAUGACAACAGCGCACAUGGGAUCGAACACAGUGGAGGAUCUGAAGUUCACACGGCUCCAACAAGCAGCGGGAAGAUUGUUAAAGUGAACACUACAUCAUGGGAGGCUGAUUUAGUGCAAGCUUUCUUCCCACCUGACGGCCUAUUAUCCAAGUCUCAGGGCUCUACUCAGACGCUUCCAAACAGAAAUGUCCUGGUAAACUGGGGAUCUUCGGGAGCUGUGACUGAGUACCUUCCUAAUGGUACAGCCAUCUUCCAUUCUUACAUGGACUCUGGUUACCUUGGCCUUGGUGUUGAGAACUACCGUUCUUUUCGGUACAACUGGACUGGCCUGCCCAAUGAGGAGCCUGCUAUUGUGGCCCUGAGAGGUGAAGAAUGCGUGACCGCCUACGUGAGUUGGAAUGGCGACACCGAGACUAGAACGUGGAGAUUCUACGCUGUUCUUGACGAGUUUGGUUCUAAAGAGUUCAUUGGCGAGGUCGAGAGAACGAGCUUUGAGACUUCGCUUCGAAUCCAUUAUGAAAAUGUCACUGCAAUCUCUGCUGAGGCUGUUGAUGCUAGCGGCAAAUCACUUCGACACACCGGGAUAGCUCUUGUGGAACAAGAGGUCAAGCCAUUGGGAAAGGUACCUCAACUUCCUAUUGCUGAAACGAAGGCUCAGAAACCAGUUUCGAGUGAGAAUAGUCGUUGGAAAGAAUACGGCAUUUUGAAGUACAUUCGGCUUCGAAUCAAUAAGCUCUAAGCUCAACUACAUGGGGUGUCGCUACUAUCGGACAAGAUGUAACCUAGAUAGAUCUCUCAGCCUUCCGGAUGCAAGUCAAAGAAGUAUAUUCGGACAGCCUUGUCUUAAUCUACUAGAGAGAUGAGGACUUCGUAUUUUCAGGAGGAUUCACGCUCAUUUGAGGAUUGGUCACAUCCAGUUAAUACACACUCGUUUCGUUGACUGCGUUAUCCGCGCUUUUGAAUGAUAC